CACCGCGCGGCGGCUCGGCCCCAGCCGCGGCGGCUGCGGCACCGCCUCGGGCCGCGGGUUCGGCCCGUGCCGGGGGGCGCGGCGCUGCCGGGGCGGGGAGCCGAGCGGAGCCGGGCGCGGAGGUGACCCGGAGGCGGGCGGGCGGCGCAGGGGGUCGCCCCGGCGGGCCGCGCUCCUCCCCCGGCGCCGGCUGCACCGCAGCUGCUUCCUGCCGCGACCGGCGGGCCCGGCUCGGCGCUGCUCGUCCCCGCCGGCGCCGCGGGCCAGAGAUUUGCGCUUGUGGCGGUUGGAGGUGAAGAAAAUUCCAGAAAAUUCCCAUUGCGGCGGCGCCUGGGCGAUCUUAACGAGCCAAGAUGCCCAUCAGGGUUGAUGAUGUGAUACAACUGUUCUGCCACCUCUCUGAGGUGAAGGGAAUGAAAGCUGCUGUUAGACACUCAAGUCGAGGAGCGCUGCUGGCAGGUGCAACAGCCUUUAUUGGGGGCUUAGUGGGGGGUCCCCCUGGCAUCGCCGUAGGGGGAGCAUUUGGUGGAUUGCUUGGUGCCUGGAUGACUACUGGACAGUUCAGGCCGGUCCCUCAGAUUUUACUGGAAUUGCCUCCUGCUGAGCAGCAGAAACUGUAUGAUGAAGCCCUUGUUAUUCUCAGGAGCUUAGACUGGACUGAUGUUGCUCAGCUGACUGCUCUUCUAAUGGGAAAUCCUAGUCUCCAGCAAAAGUUGACAGGAGUGCUGAUAAAUUACCUCUCAAAAGAGCUAAGAGCAGAGAUACAGUAUGGAGAAUAAACCUUUCUAGAGCAGGCUUUUUACAUUGUAAUGAAUUUUACUCUGACACUUGUGAUUCUUUAACGUAGCAAUUACUAGUUAUUACUACUAAUGAUAAAUCUAGGCAGAUCUAAGGUUUUUUUGUGGGGGUGAAGAAAGCAUUAGAUUACUACAUUAUCCUGAUGUUGACUUGCUAUGUAAUUUUGAAUUAAUGUGCACUGUAGGAUGGAACUGAAUUCAAAAUCAGUAAAAGGAAUUAUGCUUCUGUUAGGUUGAUGUAGCACGGGGUAAAAUUUUCGAAGUCACUGUAUUUUACAUAGGAGAUUUAAUCUUGUUUUUCAGAAGUGCUUUAAAUUGCUUCUGUAAAUGGUGCAAAGGUGCCAUAGUGGCUUGGAUACUUUGAAGAAUUUUACCUACUGUCUAUUUCAGUCCUGCAAAGGAAAGUUGUACGAAGGAAGGGACUUCUACUGUGAACUCAAAAAUCUCAAGCCUUUCUUUAUUCUUUGUUUCAUUUUUAUUGUAAUUCUUGAGUUAUUUGUUUCUUUAUGUAAGAUGUGAAGUAAACGCCUAAUUGAGACUUAAAGCAACAGGUAAACAAACUAUGCACAAUUAGUUGUUCCUGAUAUCCUGAAAUGGCAAUGCAUGGCAUUUCUUUUGUUUUAGAAAGGGAUGAGUCUACCAUUCUUAUACUAUCCCUAGAAUUAGAAUUGUCAUUUCAACAUUAUCUUGACUGAAUCUGAACAGAAUAUGCUAGUUGGUUUUCUAUUUUCAUUAAAAUAUUCUCAAGAAGUUAUAUUACAAUCAACAAUUCAAAGGGAUUUUCUUUAAAACAGAUUUUCUUGAGAAAAUAAUGUUCUGUUGAAUUCCUAGGAAUCAUCAUAGUGGCAUAUGUUUUGCUUUAAAGUAAGUAAAAUCUUUAGGUAUUGGGUGCUGAAAUUUGAAGAAGAAGGCAGCCUUUUAUUGGUCAGCCAGCAGUUAGGAGUGAUAGUAUGGGAUGACAUCCCAGCCACAGUUAGUGUAAAGUCCAAGUGAAGUGUUGCUUAAUGUCCUGCUGCUCAAUAACAGUUGUUCCCUGUUUAUUUCAAGGCACUUGUAAAACAAGUUCAUGAACAGAAAAUGUACAGAUGUGCCUUCUUUUAUAUAUAAAAACGCAAGUGAAACUGUUCUGACAAUUUGUCUUUUGUUUUUCCCCUAAAAAUAAAGAUUUCUCUGUGUGCGUGUGUGUGGUCAGAUUUCUAGAAGUUGAGUUUUAAAUGGGGAAGUUUUAAAUUAGAAAGUUGCCAUUGUACACAUUUGUUUAAUUUAGUUUACAACUAUAAUUUGUCAUUAAUAAAUGCAGUUUACUUUCC